AUGUGCACUGCAAAACUUACUGGACGUCCGUUAAAUUACUACAUGUCAAGAUCUUGUAUGGCUGUAGCAAAGGCCAAACGUGACCUUCUUCGACAACAACUUUCGGAUGAUUCAUGUUUGAAAGGCGAAUUUUACCGUGCGGCCAAAGAGCAAGCACGUAAAUUUCCAGGCAGAAGAGGGGUCACUCAGAACCACGAAAAUCUAACUCCUGAAGAGAAAGCUAUUGUUGAAAGAGGCAUAGAGGAAAUCGCUCAGAAAUUCAGAGAUGGGGAACGAGCACCAAGUAUUAGCGAACUCAUUAGAAAGAUUGAUCUGUCAGAGGGAGAAAUUGCGUCCAUUGUCAAAGCAGCUAAAAGGAAAAGUCAAUUCAAGAGGAAGAGGGAAGUUCAACGCAUUUGUGGUGGUUUAAAAAGGAUCAGAAGGGGCACGAGUCUGCUUCCUGAUUCCGUAUGGGAGAGAACGGAGUUCACUGAAAAUGAAACUGAGGAAGAACGUCUAAUGUGUAUGACCGAAGCGUUGUGCCAUGCCGUUCGCAAAUACGACUUACACGAGUGGGGCAGCAGAUUCUUCUUGAGCCACGAUCGCCCAGAAGCCAUUGUCCAUGACUAUGUAACAAAUAUGCUAAACGAUAAAUGUGAUGAAGUGGCAACGAGUUCAAGGGAAUGUGCCAACGCUCCAGCUGAUGCGACAAUACCUCCUACGUUUACCUCAGCCUCGGCUUAUCGCGUUUUCGAGCGCGUUCGCCCAUCGCUUACUGCUAGAGCGGCGAGAUAUUUCUGUCCUAACAAAUCUGGUAAUACCGAUCUCAUUCCUUCCAUUGAUGCUGAUCUCAUUCGAAAAUAUACGGCUUACGAUCGGCUGAACAUACAGCUACAUCCCAAUAUCCUCAUAGAUACAGAUUAUCUCAAACUGAAGGCUCAAGUGCGCUGCAUAUUAUUUGAGCCUACCUUAUUAGCCAUGGCGAUCGAGAGUCAAAGUGUUGAAGAGCAAAGAAUUAGGGAUGCCAUUGAUGAUGCGCUCAACGCUACGAUUCAUACGGUAUUCCUUUUAUUACUUAGAAGGUUGAUGGCUUAUAUUAGACUGUCAGUAUAUAAUUUGGAAAUGAUCCUAGGAUAG